AUAUAAUCCUAAUAGCAUUUUAAAGACUGACCCAUAACCUAUAACCUUUACCAACAUGGCAGACAAAAACAAAUACACCGUGUUACUUCCAACUUACGAAGAGCGUGCCAAUCUUCCAAUAAUUGUUUGGCUUUUGGUUAAAUAUUUAACUGAAAGUGACUAUGACUUUGAAAUUAUAAUUAUUGAUGAUGGCAGUCCUGAUGGCACCUUGGAGGCUGCUAAAGACUUACAAAGAAUUUAUGGAGAGAAGAAAAUUGUUCUUAGACCAAGAGAAAAAAAACUUGGUUUAGGGACUGCGUACAUGCAUGGCAUUAAACAUGCCACUGGAAAUUUUAUUCUUAUCUUGGAUGCGGACAUGUCCCACCAUCCAAAAUUCAUUCCAGACUUUAUCAAAAAACAAGCAGAAAAGAACUAUGAUAUAGUGACUGGCACUCGUUAUGUUGGUACUGGUGGCGUGUAUGGAUGGGACUUGAAGAGGAAACUCAUUAGCCGAGGUGCCAAUCUAAUUACUCAAAUUCUUCUUCGGCCUGGUGUGUCAGAUCUCACUGGCAGCUUUCGGUUGUACAAAAAAGAAGUUCUGGAGAAACUCAUCACUUCCUGUGUGUCCAAAGGCUACACUUUUCAAAUAGAAAUGAUCAUCAGAGCCAGACAAAAUAAUUUCACUAUAGCAGAGGUGCCAAUUACAUUUGUAGACAGAGUCUAUGGUGAGUCAAAACUUGGCGGAAAUGAAAUUGUUGGUUUCCUUAAAGGAAUACUAUAUUUAUUUGCCACCACAUGAAGGCUGUAAUGUGCUAGAAAUGUGUUUUUGUUGUUUAUGUGGGAGUUAAUUGGGUAAAUAAAUAUUUUAUGCAUUAAUAAUAAUUAUCUAUACUGUAUUGGUAAGUUUACUAUGUGUAAUGUAUGGGUCUGUUUACAUAAUUGCACUGUCAUUGAGUGUCUAUUAUCUAUACCAUAUUGGUUUUCUAAAAGUAUAAGUAAGCUCACUAAGUUUUGAAAUUUACUCUAAUCAUUACAUUAUUAUUAGCAUAAUUUUAUACCACACUGGCAAAGGCCAAAAAGCCAGUACAAAAUCAGCCUACAGCCAGAAAAUUUAUUAAUCCGUGAAUUGAAAUGUUUUAAGUGAAGAGUUUUGGUAGCGGCAUUUAAUCAAUAUAAAGUGAGAAUACGCAGAUUAUUGCUGUUUUAUUUAUCGAAUGAAACUGUUGCUGUUAACAUAGUUGCAUUGGUAUUCCAUAAAUGUAAUCAUUCAUGAAUAAAAGUGAUCCAACCUGUA